AGACACUUUGAGAACCCAAGUUGGAUGAGUGAAAUUAAAGAUCUUGUUUUGAGUGUUCAUAAGUCAUUAAUGAGAGUAGGAGAAGAACCCAUCAAUAUCCAUGGUGAUGGAAUGAUUGACAUUGAGGUAGGUGGUCAGGAGCUUGCCGGUGUAGUGGUGAUCGAAGGAGGAGUUAGGCACCAUGGCAGUGAAGGUGAGCCCGAAGGCUCCAAAGUCAACGUUGGUCCAAUUCUCGUGGGGUGCCUAAGCUGCGAGGAGGAGAGGAAGCUCCAUGGGUGA